UUGAAAGUGCAUGAAAGCAAGAGACGUUGAGGGGGAGGGGUGGAGGAACCAAAAACCGCACCGCGGGUGAUGUCUUUUGCGUCUCUACCUAAGUGCAUCAACAAAGAGCCAUUUUUUUUCUCUUUCAACAAUUAAAGUGCAACUGGAAACAAAUCAGAAGUUUGUUUUGAGUGCUGUGUUUUUACCCUCUCUCUUUAUCAGCCGUUCUGGAAGACUUCUGGGCCGGACCGUCAAUCUUUUUAGCGCUUAAUUUAAAAAAAAAACAAAUUUUCUGUGCUCCAGUUUGACAGGAAGCGACCACAAGCAGCAGCACAGCAGGCUUCUCUGGAGGUGGUUUUUCUGUGUCAGAGUGUUUCUGGCCUGUCAUCUCCAAUCACGUCUAUGUUGUUUACAUUUUGCUGAGAGGAAAAUGGAACACAGUUUUGCAGACUUAUUAACUGAUGCAUUUUCAGAUGUGUCUCUACCAUGUUAUCAGGAGGGAGAACUGGACUUUGAGUCUCUGAAUCUGCAGGAGGAUGAUGGGAAUGGGAACAGCACUGAGGAGUUUGAGCGGCUGCCAGCACUCACUGAGGUAGAUGAGGAUGAUGACCCAGAGGAGGACGAAGACACAAGGUGUGUGUCCGUGGGCACGUCAGAGAAGGAACCACGCUGCAGCAGGUCUGGGUUUCCUCAGGGCGGGGACUGGGGUGACAUCGUUGACCUCCGGGAACAGGAAGCGGAGGACAAGUACAAGAUUGGUGCUGAGGACGAGGCUUUAGUAGAUGACGAGGAUGCAGGAGAAUUGAGCUCCUCGCCUGACAUGUCAGAGAUGAUCGGUGUGAGAAGAGGAUGUUUGGAAGGCGAUCAGCCAGGGAGUGGAGAGACUGCAGGAAGUGGGGAACGAACCCGAGACCUGGGGAAGGAGAAUGAGUCGUCAGCCCAAUGGGCAGUGGAAUGCCCUCGAGGAGAUGGUCCACUCUCAGGAUCGGAUUCAGGGAGCGAGGAAGAGGAAGAGGUUCUGAUAGGCCUGACGGAUGGAAGGAGUUUGUCUGAACUCCCUUCAUUCAAAAAAGAGGCAGGAGAAGAGGAAUGCCCAGGCUACGGAAAUACAGAUUCAGACACAGAUUCAGAUGGAGAAGCAGAUGCAGACGUAGACGCUGUGGCAGACAGAGACAUGGUGACAGACAUGGUGACAGACAUGGCUCCGGGUGCAGAGGAGGCUGCAGGUUCGGCUGCAGGUUCGGUUGCGGACGCAGACGCUGACGAGCGGGUCGGCGGGUUCACAGAAGAGCGCUGUCACUCGGCGAGGGAGGAAUCGCUGGAGGACUUCCUGCAGGUUCCCACGGACUCCUUCAGUGGCGAGCUGAAGGAGUUCUCGGAGGCAGACUGUGGGUCCACCGGAGAGGGGUACGCGGAAUACCCAUCUGACGAGGAGGAGGAGCGCAAGGACGAAGAGGAGAAGUCCGGGAGGGGGUCGGGGCAGCUCUCGGGGACCUGGAUCCCCCAAACCGGAGCAGAACUGUCUGAGUGGGAGCUGAUGGAGGGAGGGGUCGAGGAAGGAGAGGGCUUACAGGGAGCGGGAGAGGAGGACGGGAGGAAAGGAGAGGGCUCGGAGAGAGGAAGAGAGGAGGACGGGAGGAAAGGAGGCCAUAAAGAGAGGGAUGAUGUGGGUUUGGAUCAAGAGGAGGAAAUGGAGGUUUCCGAUUCUUCUGAGGGAGAUUCUGAAGUGCAGAAUAAUAGCAGCAAGCCUGGGUUGGAGGGUGCUCAUGGGAAAAGUAGUCUGAACUGGAUGGAAGAUCUGGGGACUGACGCAGGUUACCCUUUCAGUGAAGGAAAGGCAGACGAUGACGGCUAUGAUGAAAUUACACGCGAAAUGAAAUGGACUGGAGAAGAGUGGGACUCUGGGAGAGAAGAUGAUGUCAGACAGGAGGAGUCAUCUUCUGAUGAAGAGGGCUUCAUUCACAGCAUCACACCAGCGCAGAGCAGUAAGGAUGGAGAGAAAGCUCUGUCUGUCCUCACACUGGAUCAGACCAGUAAGGGUGAAGAGAAAGCUCUAUCUGUCCUCACACUGGAUCAGACCAGUAAGGGUGAAGAGAAAGCUCUAUCUGUCCUCACACUGGAUCAGCCCAGUAAGGGUGAAGAGAAAGCAUUUUCUGUUCUCGCACUGGGGCCUGUCGAUGAAGAGGAUGUCUGCCUUGUGGAAAAUGAGGAAGGAAGGGUGGAUGGAGGCUCUGGAGCGAGUCGUGCAGGUUGCCCUGGCGAUGUUUGGGGAGGCUGGGUUCCAGGACCGGCCCCUCUGUCCCCUUCAGCCUCAGACUGCAGCAGCAGCUCCAGCGAUUCAGAGCCCUCGCCUCCCUGCACUGGGCACCCUCCAACCCCCAGGGGCCCGAGCACUGGACCCCUGCAGGCAGGGUCACAGUCACAGGCAGGGGGCGCCACCGAGCUCCCCUCAGCCGCUCAUGCUCACAGAGUCCCCAGGCCAGAGGCAGCAGAGUUUGCCAACGAGGAAGAGGUGGAGGACGAGGAGGACGAGGAGGACGAGGACGAGGAGGGUGAGGGGAACUGGGAGCAAGAGAAAGCGAGGAUUCAGGCAUUCUACCGCUACUAUGAUGAUGAAGAGGAAGACUACGACGCGAGGCGAGGGGGUCAGGAACACUCCAGCAGGAAGCACAUGGUUCGGUUCUGCCUGGACUCUCUCCCUAUCCAUCGAGACUCCGACAGCAGUGACACGGACAGGGAUAGCAGCUCCUCAGGGGGUGCAGAGGACUCAGACUCCACAGUACCCAGUGCAGUACCCAGCACAGUGACCAGCGCAGUACCCAGCGCAGUACCCAGCACAGUACCCAGCGCAGUACCCAGCGCAGUACCCAGCGCAGUACCCCGCGCAGUACCCAGCGCAGUACCCAGCGCAGUACCCAGCACAGUGACCAGCGCAGUGACCAGCGCAGUGCCCAGCACAGUGACCAGCACAGGGACCGGUUCAGUAGCCGGUGACGUAGCCGGUGAGGUAGCCGGUGAGGUACCUGGUGCAGGGACCUGGAUGCCAAUGAGAACAGAGGAUGGUAAUAGUGAGAGCUGUCGGGAGAAGCUCUCUCUCCUUCUGCAGGAGAGUCAGGUCACACAAGCGGAGCUGAAGAAGCUGAGUGUCGAGCUGAAGGCCCAACACCAGGGAAGCAGGGUGCUCCGCGUGCUGAGGUCCGCCCUGAAAAUGAGCCUGGUGUCUGUGCUCGGAGUCGCCAUGUUCUGGUGGGCGACCGGCCAGCUGGACUGGACCGGGCCGGACUGGAACACCUGAUCACACCCUCUCACUCUGGCCUCACGCUCUCGCGUGUCCUCAGGCAGCAGCGUGGGGACUGGGGGGAAGCGGGCUCUGUGCCAAAGAUAAGAGCGUGAGAAUAUUAAUUACGUUCGUAAGAGCACAGGUAAACCGUACGCCCAUUUUGAGCCACAAACGUGGCAUCACAUUUUCUUGUGAGCCUGCCUUUUUCUUCCAUUUAUAUUUUAAUGUUUUCAAAUCAUAUAUUUUUAUACCGUCGUAUUUUUAAAAAAAAAGAAAAAGAGAUAUAUGUUUGUACUUAUUGCAUUUACAUUUUAAUAACGUAUUACAAAAUACUUUACAAUGCCUACUGAUAUAGACAUAUGGAUGCCAUUAAUUUUCUUGAAAUUUUGUUGCAUAAUAAUUCAUAAUUCUUUAAUUAUUCAUAAUUAAGGAUAUAAAAUGGUACCACUCUGGGGUAGGGAUAGGCACAACUACUGACCAUAGCUGAUAGUUCUGUCACACACAAACCCACACACACACACACACACACACAGUGACAGACUCAAAUAUGCACACUCGCAUACACUCACACACUUUAAUAUAUACAGAUGCACACACUCACACUCACCCACUCCAGUAGGUACACUCACACGGGCACGCUCAUACAUUCACAUACGACACACACACACAAAAUCAGACAAAUACGUAAAGAUUUCUUGUAUACAGCGUAUCUGCAGUAUUUUCUAAACAACUAAACAUGCGCAUUUUUAUUCAGAGUCAAAGCUGUCCUUUAAUCUUUCCUUCACUCAUUUUGCUUCUCAAUAUUGCUUUUUGGUGUAGUGUGUUAACACGUAGUUUGUGUCAUUUAUCACAGUCAUGUAAUGUUACGUAACUGUAGUAAAACAAUGGUAAACAUUUGGAUAAAUAAAAAAUUGUAUUAAUCAACUAAA